GCCGCACAAGGUGGAUUGAUAAUAUUUGCCGCUCUCUUCUCCAAGUGGUGUCCUCCCUCUUCCGCUUGCCCUGGAGAUUUGCGAUUCAUACAUAAAUACUCCAUUCCGUACACGUAGGAUCUUGGUCGCAUAAAGAAGCCGCUACACGCGUGCCUUCGCAUCCUGGAAACUAACGUUUGGUGCCAACAUUAAAUUCCCACCUGGACCCCGCGCCUAUAAACGACUGUUUUGAUAUCUCCGCCACAAACAAUCGCAGACCUCGCAGACCUCUGCUCACAUAUCCGUCGUUCUCCAGAAUAAGCUACUAUGGCUUCGACAGCGCCCGCCCAGGCCAAUAUUCAGGCCACUCACCCCUUCACUUGCAACACAUGCCAGGUUGCUUUCCGUUCUAGCGAGCUCCAACGAGCGCACAUGCAGACAGAUUGGCACCGUUAUAACCUCAAGCGCCGUGUUGCCUCCCUCCCGCCUCUCUCGUCGGAGAUUUUUACUGAAAAAGUCCUCGCAAACAAGGCAACCGCUGCCGCAACUGCCGCAAAAGCCUCCUUUGAGAAGGCUUGUACAGCAUGUCAAAAGACAUAUUAUAGCGAAAAUGCCUACAACAACCACUUGAACAGUUCAAAACACAAGAGCAAUGCGGCGAGAGCCAGCAGGGCUGGACAAAACGAUGACGCGGCGUCGGUCACAGGUUCUGUUUUGAGCUCUGCAUUCUCACUUGGCGAGCCCAUGGCAGAAAAUGACGCUGAUAGCAUUGAUACUGAGGCGGAGAAAGAAUUCAUUGAGGUAGUAGAUAGUAUGAAGAAGUCCACCCUGGAGGAUGGAACAGAAUCACCGGUACCUGGACGACCUGGACGACCGCACCAUUCCGGUACUGCGGAUCGGCCCGAGAACCCUCUCUCCAGGACUGCGAGCAGCACCUCUACUGCUGUUCGUGAGGCCGAUCCGCUCCUGGACUGUCUGUUUUGCAAUUACCGCUCGCCGAACUUCAACCUCAAUUUGAACCACAUGGGCCGUUUCCACGGAACGUUCAUCCCAGAGAAAGAUUACCUCGUCGAGCCCGAGAAUCUGAUUAAGUAUCUGCACGAGAAGAUCCACGUGAAACACCAGUGUUUGAAAUGCCAUAAGGAGGUACAUACGGCUGCGGGCAUUCAGACGCACAUGCGCGACCGUGGCCACUGCAUGAUUGCGUUCGAAUCGGACGAGGAACUGGUCGAAGUUGGGCAAUUCUACGAUUUCCGGAGCUCUUAUCCUGACGCCGAGGAUUUUGACGCCAUGGAGCAAGAGGCAGAGGACUCUGACGAUUCCACCUCGACGGCUGCCGGAGGGGUCAGAUUGGGAGCGCGGCGCAAGUCUGUCACGAUUGAAGGAGGCGACGAGGGAGAGGAUGAUGGCUGGGAGACGGACAGCACUGUGUCUAGCGUACCCACUGACGAGAUCACGGCUCUACCAAUCGAUGACCGCACUCACCGAUACAAGCUCCUAUCGCAGUCUCGCCAUCACUCCCACAAGGAUCCUCGACCACACCGCAGCGCAGAUGGAUUCCACUCUCACGCACAUCCUACACCGGUUGCCGUCUAUCAUGACGAGUACGAGUUGCAUCUGCCUUCUGGUCGAACAGCGGGCCAUCGCUCCCUCAACAAAUACUACCGCCAGAAUCUGCGAAAUUACCCCGGCGUUGCGGAGCGGAUGGAGAAGGCGAACCAGCGUAUGAUUGCAGGAGCGACCUCAGAUUCCGAAGGCGACGUGGACAUGGACCAGGAACGUGUAGGCCGCGGUCGCCAACUGGUGUCUCGCGCAAAUGGCGGUCUUGGUAUGAUUGGUGCUAGUGACGCAAAGAAGGCCGAAGUGCGAGCCGUGGAGAAGCGAGAGCAGAGGAAGGCAGAGCGUGCACGGAACAGGUAUCAAGCCGGUAAUGAAAAGAGGGCCAACUUCCAAAAGCAUUUCAGGGACCAUCUUCUUCAGUGAUCUCUCUUCGAUUCAAAGAAUUAUGGGACGGAUUAUGUCUUUUCUGGAUGGAUUACGCAUUUUACGAAAUCAUGGCGGGCAUGGAAGGGGGUGCUUGCAUUACAGCGGGUGAGUCACCAAGGACGGGAUCGUAC